CAACUCUUCAUGGAUUAAAAUGAUAAAAUAAGUUGGGUAAAAUAUUUCAUCACCACAUUUGGAACCAUAUUCCAUAUAUGCUGGCCGGUUUCACAAUUUCCCCAAUUCUUCGCAGCGAAUUAUGUGUGGCGAGGAGAGAUGUCAUGUGAUGUGCGUUGGGGGGUGACUGAGUCAGCAAUGACGCACGCUUCCAAGGUUCCAGGGUUGCCGAAGAAAGCUAGCGUAUUGACGGAGUACAAUAAUGAAGCAACCUAACGACAUUCCUUGCCUCCCAAAUCAAACAUCGCUCUCCCACGCUCAAGCAAAUUUCUCCCUUCUCUCUUACCUACCUUCCAACGUAGCUCAGCCUUCACAUACAUCCCCUCCUCACAAAGAACUACUUCAUACCACGAUCAAACAUGCUCCGUCAAACUGCCAGACCUCUUCUCCGCGCUAGCCAGCUGCCCCUCAAGCGCUUAUUCUCCGUUGCUGCCGUAGGAAUGGCUGAAGGUGACGUUGGUUCUCCCCGGGCAACUGGGAAACUGUCCACUAGCAAUUCAUGGAGCAAGAAGGAAGCUGCCGAUGAAGCCAUGUUUAUCAAGCAACGGGAGAUGGAAAAGCUACGAAGCUUAAGAGAAAAGCUGAAGCAGCAGCGCCAGCAUCUCGAUGAACUUGAUGCUCAUAUCGAGCAACUCACCAAGGAACACGGUGGUGAGCAGAACUAAACAGGAAACUAAAAAUAAAAACCGCUUCCGGAUAGCUUUUUGAUUCUCCUUCCCCUUCCUUUUCUCCCCAGUGCACCGUAUCUGUGCAAGGCAACAUUUGUAUAAAGGAUCAAAGGGAAUUUAGGGGCAGAAUAUGAACUAUGAAAGUAUGGGGGGAAAAAAGAGAAGCUCAAACAACAGAAAGAAAUUGACACUGAAACACUAGGUUGUCUUUUUUGUGUUGCUUUUCUUUUAAUUCUCUGAUGGGAUUUUUCGUUUUGCUCCCAUUCUAAGCAUCAUCUCCCCUCUCCUUAACACUCUUACAUACAUACAUACUUGCUUGACCCGUCAAACAGUCAACUGGUGAAGAAGAUAGUUUGGAAUAUAUCUUUGUAUAUAUACAUAUAUAAAUCGUUUUUCUCCUGUGUGCGGUUCAUUCGUUUUCUCCAUUUUCUCUUGUCCCUGUUGGAUUUCUUGGUAUUUCCUUGGAUUCUUUUUCCUUUCCAUUUCUUCCCCUGUUCCUCCUUGUAGGGUCGUCGAAAUCAAUUCAAGCAAAACACAUGUUUUUCUUUUGAAAUGGGUGAUUUGCGCUCAGUUUCAAAUUGGAACGUUGGAGUGUAUAGUGUAGGUAGGUACAGUACCCACUGGCCUCGGGAUAUGUCCAUAUGCCGGAUCGCAAACUUGGAGGCCUGGGCUAUGGUUUUCUUGCUGUAGGUUUCCGUCCCAGACAAGUAAGCGGAUUCAUCCAUAGAAAUGGCCAUUGCCAGAGGGGGAGGAAGUGACGAAGACGGAGAGGGGCCGGGGUAGUACAGUAAACAGUACAUAUACUCAUUAUUACUUCGUUGUCAUGAAACUUCGGUGAGAAGGGUGAAAUCCAGGCCCAGAUAGAGCUGUUCUGGAAGCUUGAUUUGAUUGUCAAGUUUUAAGAUGAAAAUAUAGUCGGUCACUCGGUCUGACCUUAUUUUUUAUCGGCAGGAUUAAAGUAAAACUAGCGACAAGCGGUCCUAAUGUAUUACAAAAACUUUUG